GACUGUCGCUAAACUCUUUCUCCGGCUUUCCUAUCAGCUGAUACCACAUGGCCCCGCCCACCGAGAAUACCGGCGCCUGGGAUGUUCAGCCCAAGGACGCGAAGCGUGCGCUUGCAGAAGAUGCCUAUGAUGACUGCCUUUCUUGCAGGGUGACCGGAUCCGCUGCAUUCAUCGGUCUCGGUGUGUACAGCUACUACUCUGGCAUGAAGAACCUGAAGAUGCAAGAAAAGACAAUCAUGCAAAGCGCAACCAAGUACAAGAUGGCAUCUCGGCAACUAGGAAUCGCAACCAUCUCGGCGACCCUGGUUGGCAUGGGGCUUUGGAGGGCCUUCAACUGAUAUCCUCAGAACAACUUGUAUAUCAUGUACUCUACUCAUGGCGUUGGGUUUGUUUCGAUGAAGGGAAUGCACGUCAAGUCAAGCGCUACACUGUUCGUAAUAGACAAUAUACAAGGCAGUAGAUAGAAAGGAUCGUACGAUUAAUAUAACAC